UUCCUUGUGUUGUUGCCUACAGGAGCCACUACUUGUGUUGAAUUGAAGAGAUUUGAAGAAGCAAUCACUUGGUGUGAUAAGGGACUAGCUGUAUCCUUUGAAGGAAUCUUUCAUUUUUAACCGUGGGUAUAAUGGAAAAAGUCUCCAUAAUUUGAUGUUUCAAGGGAGAAAAUGCAAAGAAUUAUGGGUAUUAAUUAUGAUGGGAACUUGUCAGCUCAUAUACUUUAAGUGUGUGUGAUUAAAAACAUAGGAGAAGUUAUUACCUCAUGACUUAUUAAUGAAAUUGCUCCUUUUAGCCAAUUUGACUUAGUUCUAGUAUCCAUGCCAAUAACUGGUACAUUAGUUGAAAAUAACCCUUUAAUUUCCCAGACCAAAUUUGUAAUUAUCCUUACUGUCAACCGUAAAAUUCUUGCAAUGUUAGUACAGAGAAUUCAGUAUUGCAUCAACUAACUAUUUUGAAAUUAAUAUUUUUUUUUUUACUCUCAACACUUAUCUGAUUGAUAUUGUAUUGCUAUUGUAAGGAGAAAUUCUCUUUUGGUCACUCACGGGAGUUAAAGGGUUAGAAGACUAAUAUUCAUCCAGUUUAUACAUAGUAUUUGGGUAGAUGAACUCUCUAAAACAAGCCAAAACAAAAAGCUCGGUAAUGUUUACAUAUCUUAUGCAGAUUUUCUUGCCUUCGACCUUUUGCCACUACUUAGAGAUUCGGAAACUUUCGUUGUGCUUUCCUUUCCAAAUAAAAAUUUUAAAGACAUGUAUUUGUGUUGUAGACUCAUUUCUUCCACUGCUGUAAAACAUUUGUCUGAUGUUAAAGCUAUAAUAAUUUAAAAAUUGAGCAAGUGCUGCUCAGUUUUUGGAAACUAAGGAUUAAAUCUAGAUAUUUCGCGUUAAAUUUUAAGGCUGCACACAGAAAAAACAUUUUGGUGACCUUGUUGUGAUAGAGACCAGCAUCUAGAAACGAUAAUAACAAAGUAGUUUGCAUUUAAAAGGCAGCAAUGUUUUUAUCAUAACAAGGUCAUCCUUAAUCAUCGCUCUUGUUCAGAGGUUUGGGAACCAAGCACGCAAAUGUUAAAAUGGACUAUUACAUAUCAAUAUGAUCAGAAACAUAAUCUUUUUUGUUUUUUUCCACAUUUUUAAUCCUUAACAUAAAAAAGAUUGACAAAAACAAUAGGAUCUUGUUGUCAUUAAGACUUCAGUCUGUCAGUGAAGUGGGGGAUAAGUCCAUGGAGGAAAAAGAUCCUAUUAGUCAUGACCACGGUAGUGCAAGUUCAGGUGAUGUCAAGAAAGUCAUAGAUCUCCAUAAUCAGGGAGAAGAAGCCAUAGAGUACCUAAACCUAUAUCUUAAACAAGCUAAAGAAGUAGGAGACAAGCAUGGGGAGGGUAACGCUUAUGGCAGUCUUGGCGAUGCUUAUGAGCGUCUGGGUGAUUUCAAAAAAGCCAUAGAAUACCACAACCUACAUCUUAAAUUAGCUAAAGAAGUAGGAGACAAGAAAAGUGAGGGUGUUACUUAUGCCAAUCUUGGCAAUGCUUAUUUUAGUCUGGGUGAUUUCAAAAAAGCCAUAGAGUACAACAACCUACAUCUUAAAAUAGCUAAAGAAGUAGGAGACAAGCAUGGGGAGGGUGUUACUUAUGGCCGUCUUGGCAAUGCUUAUCACCGUCUGGGUGAUCACAAAAAAGCCAUAGAGUACCACAACCUACAUCUUAAAAUAGCUAAAGAAGUAGGAGACAAGCAUGGAGAGAGUGGUGCCUAUGGCAAUUUUGGCAAUGCUUAUUUUAAGCUGGGUGAUUUCAAAAAGGCCAUAGAGUACCACAACCUACAUCUUAAAAUAGCUAAAGAAGUAGGAGACAAGCAUGGAGAGGGUGUUGCUUAUGGCAAUCUUGGCAAUCCUUAUCGCCAUUUGGGUGAUUCCAAAAAAGCCAUAGAGUACUACAACCUACAUCUCAAAAUAGCUAAAGAAGUAGGAGACAAGCAUGGGGAGGGUAACGCUUAUAGCAAUCUUGGCAAUGCUUAUGACAGUCUGGGUAGUUUCAAAAAAGCCAUAGAGUACCACAACCUACAUCUUAAAAAAGCCAUAGGAGACAAGCAUACCACAACCUACAUCUUAAAAUAGCUAAAAAAGCCAUAGGAGACAAGCAUUAAAAGGCUAAAGUAGGAGACUUAUGGCAAUCUUGGCAAUGCUUAUCACGGUCUGGGUGAUAACAAAAAAGCCAUAGAGUACCACAAACUACAUCUUAAAAUAGCUAAAGAAGUAGGAGACAAGCAUGGGGAGGGUAACGCUUAUGGCAAUCUUGGUAAUGCUUUUCACCGUCUGGGUGAUAACAAAAAAGCCAUAGGGUACCACAACCUACAUCUUAAAAUAGCUAAAGAAGUAGGAGACAAGCAUGGGGAGGGUAACGCUUAUGGCAAUCUUGGUAAUGCUUAUCACCGUCUGGGUAAUUUCAAAAAAGCCAUAGAGUUCCACAACCUACAUCUUGAAAUAGCUAAAGAAGUAGGAGACAAGCAUGGGGAGGGUUGUGCUUAUGGCAAUCUUGGCAGUGCUUAUGACUGUCUGGGUGAUUUCAAAAAAGCCAUAGAGUACCACAACCUCUUAAACAUCUUAAAAUAGCUAAAGAAGAUUUCAAAAAAGGAGUACCACAACCUACAUCUUAAAAUAGCUAAAGAACAGGGACAAGCAUGGGGAGGGUGGUGCUUGUGGCAGUCUUGGCAGUGCUUAUUGUAAUCUGGGUGAUUUCGAAAAAGCCAUAGAGUACCACAACCUACAUCUUAAAAUAGCUACAGAAGUAGGAGACAAGCAUGGGGAGGGUUGUGCUUAUGGCAAUCUUGGCAAUGCUUAUGGCCGUCUGGGUGAUUUCAAAAAAGCUAUAGAGUACCACAAUCUAUAUCUUAAAAUAGCUAAAGAAAUAGGAGACAAGCAUGGGAAGGGUUGUGCUCAUGGCAAUCUUGGCAAUCUUGGUCAAUGCUUAUUUUAAAGUCUGGGUGACAAGCAAAAAAGCCAUACCGAGAGACCAAAAGCCAUAGAACCACAGCCUAAAUCUUAAAAUAGCUAAAGAAGUAGGAGACAAGCAUGGGGGAGGGUGUUGCUUAUGGCAAUCUUGGCAAUGCUUAUCGCCGUCUGGGUGAUUUUUAAAAAAAGCCAUAGAGUACCACAACCUACAUCUUAAAAUAGCUAAAGAAGUAGGAGACAAAUCCUGGAGGCAAUGGCCUACUGUUCACUAGGAUGGUUUUUUUGAGUUACAAGGUGGACUGCCAAAAGCCGUUGAACAUUACCAAGCUAGCAUAAACUUAUUCAAUUCCUUGAGACUACUUCUAAUAUCUAAAGAUGAGUGGAAAGUUAAUUUUCGAAAUCAGCAUCAAGUGGCGUAUACGGGUUUGUGGAGAGUUCUUGUAGAACAAGGUUAUGUAGAUGAAGCCUUUUUUGUUGCUGAGAAAGGACGAGCUCAAGCUCUGACCGACCUCAUGGAAUCCAGUUUUUGUGGUGGAACAAGUCACCACAAGGGAGAAGAUGAAGAUUGCGCAGUUUUAAAAAACGUUCCAUCAAACACUGUCUUUCAGGCAGUGGACAAAGCUAACGUCAAUCUUUGGGUUGUGUCCGAAGGAAAACAAGUUCAGUUAAGACAAAGUAAACUCAAAGGUUUUGUUUCAGAGAAUAGUGGAUCUAGCCUGUCCUUUGAGUCGUUCAUGCUCGAUGUCUAUAAACAACUUUAUGUUCGUUAUAAUGUGAGAUGCGAGAAUCGAUCUUUAGAUGCUUUGAGGGAGGGCCGUUCAAAAGUGGAUGAGAAAACCAAAGAAGCCAAGCCUCAACCUCACAUCCAACAAGACGGAUGCUUGAGCACUUUGUAUGAUAUCGUUAUGAAGCCGGUGGCUGACUUGAUUGAAGGGGAUGAGCUACUCAUUAUUCCUGAUGGACCCCUGUGGAUCGCUCCUUACGCUGCAUUGAAGGAUGGUAAUUCUAAAUACCUGUGUGAAUCGUUCACAAUCCGAGUCGCUCCAUCGUUAGCAAGUCUUAGACUCAUUGCCGAUUGCCCAGAUGAUUAUCACAAAAGCAGUGGUGCGUUACUUGUAGGAGAUCCGUGGGUAUCCGAGGUUACUAACAGCGAGGGAAAGAAAGUCUUCGAGCAGCUUGAGUAUGCUAAAAAAGAAGUAGAAAUGAUCGGAAAAAUUCUGAAUAUCACGCCAAUCACUGGCAGUCAGGCCACGAAACGUGAGGUGUUGAAAAGACUCAGUUCCGUUUCCCUAGUUCACUUUGCGGCACACGGAUGUAUGGAAACUGGCGAAAUUGCUCUUACACCUGACCCAGACCGAAUAUCUACUGUGCCAACGGAGGAGGAUUACAUUUUAACAAUUGGAGAUGUGUUGAAUGCUCAACUUCGGGCCAAACUUGUUGUGCUUAGUUGCUGCCACAGCGGCCGGGGCGAGAUCAAGGCUGAAGGUGUGGUUGGCAUUGCGCGCGCUUUUAUGGGGGCUGGUGCUCGGUCUAUUGUGGUGUCCCUGUGGGCGAUUGAUGACGAGGCUACUCUUGAGUUCAUGAAAUACUUUUAUCAACAACUUGCAGGAGGUAAACCAGCAAGCGAGUCACUGAACCUUGCCAUGAAAAGCCUCAGAGAAUCAGACAAGUUCUGCGACAUCAAACACUGGGCGCCCUUUUUGCUGAUUGGAGAUGACGUCACUCUUGACUUCAUGGCAAGGGAAAGAGAAAAUUUAAAUAUGAAAUCACAAAAAUGA